AGUAACACGAUGCAAAACUCGAGCAGGAAAGGUCCACGGCCGCUUGUUGAUAAAGUAGCAGCUCCCGCCAGACCUCCGGAUCUUUUCUAGGGCCGGGGGAAGGUCAAGUAAGCGACCCUAGACGACAGCGUACAGAGAAAGCUACAGAGGUCACAAGAACCCUUUGAGGACAACCAGAUCCUCACAUGACCAGGCAACGGGCGCGUGAGCGCUCCAUCGCAUCUGCGUCACUUCCGUCCGGCUGGGAUCCUCAAGAUGGCUGCCUUGUUGUUGAGAUAUGCUGGCCGUCCUUGCCUCCGUGCCCACUUAAGUCCCAGGCUCUGUAUCAGAAAUGCUGUCCCUCUGGGAACAACAGCUAAGGAAGAGAUGGAACAUUUCUGGAAUAAGAACACCAAUUCAAAUCGUCCUUUGUCUCCUCAUAUCACAAUUUACAGUUGGUCCCUGCCUAUGGCGAUGUCCAUUUGCCACCGAGCCUCUGGUAUUGCCUUGAGUGCAGGAGUAUCCCUUUUUGGAUUGGCAGCUUUGUUGCUUCCCGGGAAUUUUGAAUCUCAUGUGGAGCUUUUAAAGUCCUUGAGUCUAGGACCAGCUCUGAUCCACACAGCCAAGUUUGCUCUUGUUUCCCCGCUUAUGUACCACACCUGGAAUGGAAUCCGACAUUUGACAUGGGACCUAGGGAUGGGCCUGAAGAUUCCUCAGCUCUACCAGUCUGGAGUAGUUGUCUUGGCUCUCACUGUGUUGUCCUCUAUUGGACUAGCAGCCAUGUGAAGAAUAUAUCUUCUAUCCCCUCCAAUAAAGGAUCGAGGUUGCCUUCUCUGUUUCCUGUGGCCACCCUUUCCUUCUGGCCAGGCAGGGCAGAACCCUUCUGUUUUGCUUAGAUCUCAUUAUGUUUGAAGAACUCCUUAAGAGUCUGGGUCAUGAGUAUUGGAGUUGUGGGAGAGUUUUUAAUACUUUUCUCCCUAAAGAAAGCUGCAUGAUAAGAAACUCUUCCUCUUCUCCUCUCCAUGCCCUCCUACUUCAUCCAACUACUCUUCUUGCUCUGUGUUUGCCCUCUUUCCUCAGGCCUCUGUAGCCUCUCUCCACAUUGGGUUUUGACUUAUGCUAAGGGUCAGCUGUUGACUGCCCUAUCCUGAGACAGUAAAAACAAUGCCAACACUGUGGUCUCUGCCUUUGGGUUGGAGAGAAAGGCUUCAAGUGCCAGUGGCCGUGGGCUGUUGGCUUAAAGGACAAGGCUGCCCAUUGGAAAUGGCCCAGAGUCCUAAACCACCCACACUUCAAGAGAAAAGGGAACCAGCCUGUCUGGGUGGGUGUAGGGAGAGAAAGAAGGAGGGUAAGUUGACUCCCUGGAGGUUGAAGAUGAUCUGUGGAGAGAGGGCAGACCACUUUCCUGGCUCAAGGGAAGGAUUCAGAAGAUUCUCAGUCAACACAUCAGGAGUUCUCUCUUUUCCUGGCACUUGGAGAAAAAUCUCUUAAUUUCAUAUUUUCCAAUCAGGAUUCAUGUGAUGUCUUUUUCGGUAGUUAAAUUAAAAUCAUCCACCAUGUCUCCUUGAAAAAUCUCCUUUAACUAGAGAUAAAGAACAAGAGCUGGGGAGAUGCCAAAUGAUUUCACUCUCUAGUGAGGAAAACAUUUAUUCAGUGAAGUUUUUAAUGUUAAAUAAAAAAAAGUACAGCAUGAUAUUAAGCCUCAUGUAGCAGACAGCUCCAAGGAUUGAAGCAGGAGGAAAAGAGGCCCAAUUUGCUACAGGUCUCUGAACUCUACUAUGUUCUCUCACACUUUUGUUACAAAAACAAGGGAAAUGAAUUGCAGCCUGAGGGAAGUAGAGAGCUAAGGGUAUAAAAUACAAGAUUUUGGGAGAAGAAAGGAGAGACUAAAGAUUUAGAUGGGGAAUUAUAAUGAAAUGGGGAAAUUUUCAACUUCUUUAUAUGUAAAUUCAGGCUCUCAUAGCCCCAUUUAUCUGUAUUUUAAAUAGUUAAAAAUUUUUAUUAUUUCCUGAUUACAUGUAAAAGAAUUUUAACAAUUGUUUUUUCAGAAAUUUUGAGUUCUAAAUUUUCUUCCUCCCCUCACUUCCCCUUUCUUGAGAAGACAAGCGAUUUGAUAUCAGUUAUAUAUGUGAAAUGAAGCCAUGUUGCGAAAGAAACCUUUAAAAAAAAAGAAAAAUAAAAUGAAAAAAGGUA